UUAAGUUUUAAACAGCUAAGUUAGACUCCUAUUAUAGCUUUGCAAAAAUGUUCUCAUUUUUAUUAUAUUUAGAUUACAUAUGUUAGAUUAAAUAUGUUAAUGAGCAGCGAUUAUUUGAUGUAGGAGGGACACGGCAACAGGCCGCACACAGGUCAAGCUAAUGGCAGGUUGCUGCAGGUUGCUGCUGUUGAAGUUGAGCAAAGGACUGAUGUUCUACUUCCUGCCUCACCACAGAGCACCCAGUCACAGUCUUAUGACUUCAGCCUGCCCAUAAAAUGCUGCCGUUGCUCAUGACCCAGACUCCUAAUAAGUAGAUGGGCUGCCGUGUGUUUGAACAGCCCACAGAUCUUCUACAAUCAACAUUCAUCUUAACGGCAUCUCAUUUCUUCCUAGCGUCGACCUCCAACUGUAUAUUUGGCUGGGCAAGGAAGGCCAGCUUGCAUAUGUGCUCUACCUCGUGCUUUGGUAUAAGGCAGAACAAGUUUUGAGGUAAGCAAAAAGAGAAGUCCUUAAAAAGUUGUCACCCUGUCCCGUGUGUCUGGAGCCUCCAAUGGUUACAUGCACAUAUCAUGAGGUGUGUUAUUGACCACGAAGGACAGGUAGGACUUUUGCCGUCUCACACCAACACCAGUAAUCCGCAUCACGCAGCCACUCAGUCUACACAGCCAGAGGAAACGAUAAUACGACUUCGCCCGCAAUAUAACAAUUAAGGUAUGGCAGUUUUCUUCCUAUUAUGGCAGUAGGCCCACGAGGACUUCAAUUUGAGUUUUUAGCUCAAGCUCAGGGUUAAACGUAGACGAUUGAAUUGAAUUUACUGCAUAAUAUGUGGUGACAGACUCACUUGGAGCAAAUAUUUUAAACUAUUCCAAAAGGCGCUGGAAGCCGCUAAUGUUGAGAGAGACCGGCUGUAUUUAUAUUAACGCUUGAUACUUCAAAACUUCAAAAUGAAAUUUAAUUAAAUUAAGGUUAUGUAGAAAUUUUCCACAUUGCUAAUUGCUAACUAUGACGCGCAUAUGAAAUUGUUUUUAUAAAUACAAAUUUAUGUGUCGUGUCACUUUUAUUUCAAUUACAUUUAUAUUUAAUUUAAAAAUGAAAAUAACGUUACACUUCAAUAUGUGUAAGUGCAAGUGGAGUUAGUGCAAAUAUUUGUAUAUAAUGCAAAUGUAAAAUUUAAACGGUCAUACUGAAAGAAAACACUCAACCCUGCAAAAAUGAAGUACAUUGUUUUUCUAAAAUGUGUUUUAUUUCCUAACUUGGGCUACUUGUCACUUAUAAUAAUCAAAUAACCCUACACGCGAUUAAUAUCAUAAAGUUCAAUACUGUCUAUGUAUAAAAAAAUAUAGGUUUCUCUUACUGAAGCAUAAUUUCAAAUCCAACAAAAUGGUGAAACGCUUUGGACACAUCACAAUGUGAAAAGUCAGUUUCUUUGCCUUGAAAACGUAAAGUGUUUGGAAAGUUUCAUUGCUUUUGGCUGUGAGAGGCGUCACGCUGCGGGCCGCAGUAAGCGAGAGACAUGAGACAGGGGGCUGAUAACCUCUGCUGGUGAUCAGAGGAAAAUAACAGGAAGUGCUGCAACUGUUUGCAGUGUCAGGAUCUUUCACUUGCAUUUUGUCAUAUCUCUGCUUUUGCUUUGGACCCAGUUAUUCUCUUAGUGUGUGUGCUAAUCUAUAAAAAAAAAUAUUUAAUUGUGGUGAUACAGUUUACAACUAAGCCUGCUGGUACUAAAUAUUGCUGCAAAUGAAGAAGUUACAGCUGUGGACGUACGCUGUAACAGUUUUUGGCGUUUAGUUAUGAGGCGCUGUUUGCAUUGAAAUGAUUAUUAUUUCAGUAGAAGCAUAUAUUAAUUUGUAUGUAAUUUAAUGGCGGAUUAUAUGCAAAAACAAUUGUCGAAAUAAUGGAUUAUUUGGUAAAUGUACAUGAACUUAAGUUUUUAUUUUACAUUCCAUGUGUGAGUAUGUUUAUUUAUAUGUAUCUAUAUAAAAUCAAAUAUCAUAUUCAGAUCAUAUGUUUAACAGCGCACAACUUCAGUGUUUAAGAACUGAAUCCCACGAGACUAGACAUGAGCCAAGUUUGUUUUGAAAUUAGUUAUUUAAUGAGCUGGAAACUGGAUGAGUUUUUGUGAUUACAUGUUAUUGUAAUAUAACACAUAACAGUGCACAGUGUGUUGUUUCCUCUGUAAUUGUAAGGACACUCAUAUUUCUUUGUGAAUAUCAUAACUGCCUCAGCGUCCUCCUGUAUAAUUCUGAUGGUCGACCAAAAUAUCGGCCUGGCCUUAAAGCACCUACUCUUAAUUGCUGCAAAAAAUGUAGUUUUAAUUCGGUCUAAAACCACAGAACGCACACACACGACCGCGCACGCACACACACACACACACACAUACACACCCAUAAUGUAAAAUAACUUUUAUUUCUGUAACUCAGUCUGAGUUAGUACAAAGUGAGGGCCAAGUUUAAAUGUUUGUAUCUUGAUUUACGCAAAGCUAUUUCUUUGAACUGUAGCUUUGGUAUUGAUCCAUAUUUCUGAUUCAAACCUGUUCAUAUUGAAUGCAUAUUCAAGUAUUGGUUCUAUCCCUAUUUCUAGUUAGGAUAUCCUUACUAGAUUAUAUCUGCGCAAUAGCGACACAUUUAAAUAUAACCAUCGCUUUAAUUUGAUUUGUUGCUAGGCCAGUUUCAAUCAUAAACUAUAAAAGUAGAAAUCCAGCCACUUUUUGGGCUCCUUGGUUUCCCUUGUUGGUGUGUUUUCCUUGAAGGCAACUUUAAAGGGUCACACGAGGCUAUAACUGUGGCAACCUGCCUGCAGAGAAUCAAAGAGAGACAGCGGGAAGAAAAGCCCAUUGUUUAGGCUAUUGCCCUGUCUGGACAGGACCAGCAGAUUGCACGAGGGUAAUUUCAAUAUCGAGCAGACAGUGUACUAGACAGUGACCUUGACAGUGCUAUAUGCUCACUUUACCAAAGCCCGUACGGCAUAUCCUCGUUCUGCUUAACAAGUGCACAACGCCUGCAGAGUGCGAUUAGCUUUGACUAAACCGAGCUGAAGAUGCGGCAGAGGAGCAGUUGUUUGAAUGUGCGGCGCGGAUCCGUGGGAGCAAUGAGUCGGAGGCGUGGAGAGACGAGGCAAGGAGGCGCAACACAUGGCCUCUUUCCCUGAGGUAAACUGGCGACUGAAGCCUACAUGUUACUCUAUCACUGAAUGACUCUCCGAGCUGUUUUGCUGUAAACACCGGUGUUUCGCUUGACUUGUUAUAAUGCCAUGAUAAGCUGUGGAAGGUUGCUAGACGCCCAAAUGCCGCUCAUAAGACCGAGGCACUAGAGUUAUACUGGGUUGACGUAGUGCUGCAUUGCCAGACUCACUAAGUAGAACGCGCAGUGAUAUAAAAGGCGCUGCGUCCUGGACAGAAUGAGGCCGUAGCGGCUCCUUCAGAGCUUCUCCAGUUCAAACAUUUGAUAUUUUUCUUCUAUCUAUUUAAGGCGAGCGAGGCCCGGUGCCUUUGGUUUAGAUGUGUGGUCACAAGUGACGCAUGCGGCUAUCAAAUAUCGACCCACUUGCAAAUUGUUGUCGACCAGUGUUUAAAUGAACGCUGAUGUUCUCACAUAACACUUCAUUUGCGAAUUUGUAGCCGGGAACUUGCGCAGUGCGCGCGCAUGUGCAGGCUGCCGUAACUUGCACACUUCUCUUAAUCAAUUUCUUCAUAAUAAGUUAUGAAUUUAUAUAAUUGUUUUUGUAUUAGUAUGUUUAGCUAUUUCAUUUUCAGAUGCUAUGGUUAAACACGAGAUGCUUUUAGACUGUGGAUAAUAGUCACGUGAAUUUAUUCCAAGCUUUGUCAAUAGUUUUAUGGUUUAGUUUUAUGGCUCUAAUUUCACAUUUCACAUCUCGCACCACGUAGGUUGUUGUCCCGAUUAGUUUUAUUGUUUUAUUUAAUAAUUAUCUGAAGUAUGAGUUCAAAAUCAAGUUCAACUCACCGUGACUCUGCGUCCUGAACUUGAGUAGAGUGACGGCGACGACUGUGGGCCCUCGCUUUACACAGUAUUUAAAAACAAAACAACCAAACUAAUUGCUAUUGCUCACUAUCAAUUUGUCCUUUGUGCUGUCAUACCUUUAAGAAAUACUAUAAGCACAAAAGGCGACUUGUACAAUAAAUUGUAAAUCUAUAAAGGGAAAUUGGGAUGUUGACAUUUGUUGCUGGUGUGAUACCAUACAGAAAGUUAUAAGCAAUUUUUAAAUCUAACAAUAAUCCCCCGUUAUGAGUCUGUGGAGGCGGCAGGAGGCUCAUCUCAGUAAUUGGAAUAUGACGAUGAUAGUGGAGCAGUCAACCAAAGGCCACAUCAGAAAUUCUUGCUCCAGCUGUUGGCAAAAUGCCUGAGUCCUGUGUAUAUCACGGUGAAGUUUUCUGCAGGGAAGGUGCUCCGUGCAAAACUCUCUAAAAACUUUUAUGCUUUCGAAAUAUGAAAUAUGGCGAAAUAUGAGUGAAUAUGGCACGUCACAUAUUUGUUCCACCGUCUUCAGGCGUGGAUCAACAAAUCAACUAAUUAGCGAGAUAUAACGCGGAGAGACUGUCGGCUGAUUGAAUCAGUUAAGUGCCCUCUGAUAUCUUGUAAAAUUCAUAUAAAAGAAUUGUGAGAGGUAUAACAGUCCCACCAGAGUUUGGCUGCUAACGUUUAUUGGCGGUAUCUGUUAAAGUUGUUCAUGUGAGGUGUACUAGGGAAUAUUAUGUGAAAUAUACCCUCUUAAAGUAACCUUGUACAAUAUCGUCCUCUUUUACAGAGCCAGUGGCUCCAACCUGCUGACCCCGUUACUGUAAAUAUGAGUAGAGUGCAGCAAUGAGCAUCAGUCUUUUCUUAAAACAAGCUUGUAAAAUUGGGACAUCUCAGGUUUAUUUGACAUGAUAUUCAACCAUAAUUUGCUCGAAAACAAGAUGUCAUAUGCGCCCUCUCCUUAAAGAAAAUAGUUUUCACAAGAAAUAGUCUAAAAACUUUUGCCAGCUUAUAAAGAUAUAAACGAGGCCACGGACAGUUCCGUCAGUGUAAAGGGAGAAGCAGCGCGUGCUGCUUCUGGACGCGGCAUGGCUCGAGUGAAGAAAAACAAGAUUCAACAUUUUUAAUAAAGGGUUUAUAGUAUUUUAAAAAGCACAUAAACCUCUGUAAUACUGAAGUUAACGUUUUGUUUUGUCUGAGAAUGACCAAGUGGGUGGUACCGUGUGUAGCAGAAGUUAGCCUGGACACGUGGUUCGGGGAUGACCAAUCAGACGCCCCUCCAGGUUUAACUACGUUAAAUGUCAGAUUGCAAUAAACUAGAAGCUGUUGGUCGGGCCCGCGGAAAUGGGCGAGCAUAAUCUCCUUAAUCCAGGGUUUGUGGGACCUUUGGUAAACAUCCACACUGGAGACACAUUUUACUUUCCGAAUUUUAGAGCCUCAGGGGGACAACUGGCGGGGCUACCGUCUCUCUCCUACCCGAGAAGGGACAAUGUUUGCUCCCUCCCGUGGAAUCCUUCGGAGCCGUGCAACGGAUACUCUCAAUCUUACUUUAGUAGCCCCGUGUCUAUUAACCCUUCUUUCAAUCGCUCGUGUGAAAUUACCAGACCAGAUGAGGGCAAAUGCUAUUAUAACAACGGCAGCAGGGAGACCUGCUCAGGUGGCAGCAGCCUCAAACGAGAGGACAGAGCGAGAGACACAUCAUCCCUAACAUCUGAUCACGGGAUGCACAGCGGGAUUGGCAGCGCGGCCGCCUUUUCCAAAUACGACUACGGGACCGAGCAGCUAACGCAGGACCCGCCGUCCUGUCAGUCCAUGGAGUCCGACUCCAGCUCGUCUCUGCUCAACGAGGGCAGCAAGCCGUCAUCCAGCGACACGCAGACCCUGGUGUCACCGGGGAACCAUACGAGCAACAUCGCCGCAGGCGGAGGUGCCCCCUGGUACCCGAUGCACACUCGGACCAGAAAGAAACGCAAACCAUAUUCCAAACUACAGCUGGCUGAGCUAGAAGGAGAAUUCAUGCUGAAUGAGUUCAUCACCAGGCAGCGGCGGAGGGAGCUCUCUGACCGUCUGAACCUCAGCGACCAACAAGUCAAAAUCUGGUUCCAGAACCGCAGGAUGAAGAAGAAGAGACUCAUGCUGAGGGAGCAAGCGUUGGCCUACUUUUAGAGAUGCGGCAAAAGGUGAAUCGAUAGGCAGUUAAACCCAAGCCUUCUGCGCUCCCUUAGGUCGUCUUUCAGUGCAUGCACUCGUCUAUCAAUACAUGACAGUCCAUUAUUACAAUAUUUUCUGAUAUUUUUCUGAAAAGGUGCGGGUUAUAAGCCCAAAGUCAAACAACUCUCCGCCAUUUAAAUGUGUGCUCAUUGAGACUGCCUUCACGCCCGGUUGAAUUGCACAAAAAGCCGUGAGAAUCUUUUUCUUUUUUUUCUGUGUAGGCUGCAUCCCCUACUUCUCCUGAUCUGUCAAGAGAGUCCACGCCCUGUUCUCCAGGCCCAAUGUUUUUAUAAGGCAGUUGCUCAGUUUGGAAUUACAGCGUUCUUUUUGUUCCCUUUUUGGUCAUAAGGAGAGAGCGAGGCCACUUGGUUAAAAGUCUAGUGAAAACAAUACGUGAAGUAGAGACAGAGGAGGUUGAGUGUCGGGCUUGGUCCCGCAUCCGCGCAGUAAUUUCUGAGGUUAUGAACUGAAAGCCUCUCGUCCCUGUUGCUUUAUUCCUCUACAGCCAUGCACGGUCUGUUCUGUGAGAGGGACAUCAUCCUUAUCUCCCUUCCGUAGUUUUCACCAGGCGGUUUGGACACGUUCAUGGUCACGGGCAGGAAGUCUGGAAGUCUGCGUGAGGAGGGGAGGGGGGGCGGGGAGGGGUGUUGUAACCGUAAUGUAAUCUAUAUAAAUAUAAAUAUGACUGCGCAUUGAAAAAUUAAGUGCCAUGACUUUGUUCAUGUGCUAACACGUUUCUAAAGGUAUUUUCUUACUUUUAUUACCUUUCAACUUGUCUUAACAACAGCCACAGAACCCUGCAUGGGUUGCAAUUCUUUAGUUGAGUGACAUCAUCGCGUGAAUACGGGUUUGAGCUGCUAAUAAAUAUCCACAUCCUGACUGUGCCAGUGAGAGUCUAGUGUAUUACCACAAUAAAUAAACCUGUAACUAACCUAUUCAACAGUAUUACUGGAUCUUAGGCCCGCUUUAAGGAACGCACCGGCCGGAGGUUUUAGCGGAGGGCCAGUAGGUUGAAGGGCAGAAACGGCGUUUCUGGAUUUUGGUGCUUCUAAAGAAAACGUGUGUACAAUGAAACAACAUUUCCACGUGUGUUCUCCCCUUAAUUCGGGGCGAGCGCAGUGCGUUAUUUGUCAUGUAUAACGAGUAAGCUAUAGCGGUGAAAUGUAUUUGCAGCAUGUUGAUGUGAAAUUAGCUAUGAGUCGUAUGCGGGCCACGUUCUCUACUUCUUUUAAAUAUAUUUUUCUGAAUAAAUCAAAUGCCAACACAACCUAAAACGUUUUGACACAAACGUCUACAAAGAAUGUAUUAAUAUUAUUAUUAUCUUCAUUAUUAUUAUUAUGGAAGGACGAAUGGCCUGUUAGGCCUAUUUAAUGUACUUGCUUCGUGCAAUGUGCUCAGUGUUGUCCCUUUCCUUACGUUGUACUCGUGUGUAAGUUUGUAAAUGAGAUUUCACGUUACUAUUUGCGUCCUAUUUUAGGAUCCUCUAUCGCUAUGUAAUAGUGUUUUAUGUUUUUGGUCGUCUUGUAUAUGCAUUCCAUACAGCCUAUAUGUGGUUGGAAACGUAGGCCUAUUAUUAAAUCAUACUGCCAAAAAUGGGUAUAAGAGAUGGUUUGCAGGAAAAUGUUCCAUACAUGACAUUGAAAGAAACCCUGUUCCGGUGUUGUAGACUAGUUGUUACCGUUUAUUUCGUCCGUCACUGCAUUCCCUCCUUUGCGCUUGUAAGGAUUGCUACGUUGUCUUGUAAAAGUAAUAAUGAUAUGAAUGUAUAUGUGUAAAAUCUUCAAUAAACAGAAUUAUGAAACCUUUAUUGGUGUUACCUAAGUCUGUCAUUCGGUUUUCUAAAAGGUAAGCGGCGGGAUUAUUUUAUUGGACGUGACCUGUAACGCAGUUAAAAAAAAACACCACGAGAUCUGAGCAUUAACAGGACAUUUGGAACCAUUUGAAAGGGGGUUUGUUAGCACAUAAUUGUACAUGCUGUGAACUUUGAGCAAUACUAGCCCACACAGGUUGGCCUCGUUUUAUUGCGCUCGCUAAGAUACAAAGGUAGGUUAUAGGUACAUUUACAUGCAAAAUGGCGACCAGAUGAGAAUAAAUCGAGAAUCUUUCCUCUUUUGUGGCAAUAGUCUAUAGAAUUACAGCGAGUAAACAACCGCAGCAUAGUUUUAGGACGACCCCCAGCUCAGAGGGUUCUUCCAAAGCCCUGAGGUUUUAGUUAAGGUUUGAUAUAAUCAGUGUCACUUCACAAGCCCAUCACUGCGCAGCUAAACACGCAAUGGCUCUGUAAAGCAGUAAUAGGGUUGCACCCCAGUGCUCUAUAUAUCCCAGCCUCUCUGUGGCUUCUCCCCGUGCAUCCUUUCUUUUGCUCUACAGUGGGAAUUUCAGCACGUGGUAAUUACAUGGUAAUUACGUUUCAAAACACAGUUUAAUACACACAUACACACACUGGUCAGAAAGACUUUCCCAACAGGCAUACGCCUUUGAAGACGGCAUGGCUGCUUUUAUAAACCCAUAAUCCACAAAGCUCUCCCUGCUGGCAAGAAAGUGUAACGCAAUACUGGGAUGUGCAGUGUUUUCCUAUCCGUUUACUAAUCAGGCAUUAGUGCGUUUGUCUUGUGUGUCCUGUGUGGGCUUUGACCUGGGGAAGGUCCACUGGUAACUGUCUCAAUGUUGACAUCAGAAGUUUCUUUUCAAUGAACUAUGACACCGCAUAUGCAACCAAACCUCUGCACGGCCCCGUUCAUUUUUUUAAACAUACGUAUGUACUGACGUGAGCUGUGUUAAUACAAGUAAUACAAUCUUUUUUUAGCACAAUAUAAGGUAAGUUAAUUGUGGCAAAAUGUAGCUUUAAUUUGACCAAAACCUUGCAGCUCGUGUCUUUCUGUCUUAAUCCUUUUCUGAAUCUGACAGGAGCCUAUUUGUUACCCGUCCUGUAAAUAUUCAACAUCACCUGUUUGGUUGAUUAAACCACUAAUAUCGUUUCCGUGUGAUCUGCAGCAUCAUAUGGUAUUCUGUAUGCGUGAAUGCAUUCGGCAAUGCCUGGGGGAGUUCUCAGUGAAAUUGAAUGUAUUACUAGACUCGCUUUUCAAUCCGCCGAAUCUGCAGAUACCAAAUAAUAUAUGUAAAUGCUUCUUUACAAAAUAUUCUCUACAGAUGUUGUAAACAAAUAAUAUGCUCGACUCAAUUUCGCUUGCGUCUAUUCAGACUGAGAGACAGGUAUGAAUGCUCUUAAUGAAAUUGUAAUCGUAAACGUAGUUUGAAUAAUCACUUCAGUUCAGUGGCCGCUUAUUUAAACUCCUAUCAGGUGACGAACAAGCGGCUGAAUUUGAAUAGAUUCCUCUGUGUGUUACUAUAAACACAGGCCUGCUAUUUUAUUAGCUGCCCCUCUGCGCAUUGACAACAUUUCUAUUCCUGUUUAUGCUUUCCUCUAAGCAAUUCGCAGUAUGUUAGUUUUAAAUUGACACUGAGCUCAAGCAAACUAUAACCAGCGUUUAUGGAAAGUAUUUGUUGCAAUGCAAUAUACAGUUAUAUAACAAAGUAUGGCACGAUAUGAGGUCUUGAAUUGCUUGUUUUGCGUUUGAUCAUCCAAGGGACAUCAUUUAUAAUUCCAGUAUUUUGAGUCCAUCAAACGCAUUGUUGACUACGAAAGGGGAUAAAUUAGUGUCCUAGAUUUGUGUGUCGCCUUGUUAAAUGGAUGAGAAGAAAAUAAUAGACGCAAAAUGCACCGUGACGCUCCUGACUAUUAUGACUAUUAUUUCCAGGUUCACUAUGCCACAAUUAUUUUUCUAAAACUCUUUUUGCCAAAUAAUGUAGCUUUACAUUAGUUAACUUUAAUCCGUUUUUUUGUUUGUGUAGCUUUAUAGGCCUUUGAUCUUGUAAAACAACCUGACGACAGAGCCACAAGGGGAAACGGAUAUUUAAAAAAAAAAAGAAAUAUAAAAA